AUGUCUACUAAACCAGACAAUAUAGACGUUUUAAACUCGCAGAUUCAAACGGGUGACCGCGAAUCAUUUCUCAAGGCAUUGGACAAAACCGAACAAAAAUGGCUUUUUGAAGUUGUCCCCAACUACUUCAAGCAGCUGUUGGAGGAGACCGAUGAGACUCGUUUUAACUAUUUUGACGAGCACUUUGGUAAGCUCAAACCUUGGCAGCAGAUCUUUGAGGAACUUGACUCACUCAACGCUAACAGCAGUGAAAACGAGGUUUACAAGUUGUUUCUUUUGGGCCGCCAUGGUCAGGGUUACCACAACCUCGCAAACUUGAAGUAUGGGGAAAAGAAAUGGAACGAGUACUGGCUGAAGAGAUGUGGCGAUGGGGAGAUUGUGUGGGCGCCGGAUCCCGAACUUACCGAAUUGGGUUUGUCUCAGGCUAAGGAUAACCACCACCAAUUGAAAGUGGAGUUGGCCGAUGGUUUGCGGUUCCCAACAAAAUGGUAUUCCUCACCAUUCCGCCGCUCUAUUGACACCCUUAUUGGAACAUGGGACGGGCACGUGGACUUGAAAAAGUCAAAACCAUACAUUAUGGAAGAUUUCCGUGAAACCAUUGGUGUACAUUUGUGUGAUAAGAGGUCUCCACGGUCUGUGAUUGCCGAGAAGUACACAGAGAAGGGAUUUAUAAUUGAACCCGGAUUUGAAGAGGAGGAUAUCUACUUCAAAGACGACUACAGAGAGAAAGUUUGGGAGCAGGCUCUUAGACAAAACAGAGCUUUGCAGUACAUUUUCGACACCACCGACAAACAAACUGACCAGUUUAUCAGUAUAACUUCGCACUCCGGCUCGAUUAGGACACAAUUGAUGGCGUUGGGCCACCGCCCUUUUGCUAUUGGUACCGGUGGUAUGAUCCCUGUCCUAGUCAAGGCUACUAGAAAGUAG